AUGACGGACACAGUGAGAAAGGCCACAAGUGUUCUUCUUUUAUCUUUGUUCCUCCUCCCAUACCUAAUGAAUGACUGGGCAGCAUCGGCGGUGACGGUCAUGGCUGGCAAAGGGCCGUGGUGCGUGGCCAAGCCGCAGAUAACAAGGGAGGCACUCCAGGCGAACAUCGACUAUGUCUGCGGGUUUGCCGGAUGGGUUUGCGACAAGAUACAGAAAGGUGCACCGUGCUACUCCACAAGCAUCAUCAGACAGGCAUCCUAUGCCAUGAAUGCCUACUUCUUCGUGUUUGGCCCCAAGGGAAUCGACUGCGACUUCAAUGGUACCGCCCGCAUCGUCCACGUUGAUCCCAUGUUUGCAACUGGGAAUGGAAUGGCUAGGCUUUGUGGUUCCUUCUGUGGUGCUUAUGUUUCGGUGAGCCAUGAAGGGGAAGGGGAGAGAAGGGUAAAGCUUCCCCUUGCAUGCUCGGGAAUCAGCGAAAUUCCGCCCCCAGGGGCUGGAUCAGUUGGUAAGUUGGUGGUAUGUUUGCAGCAUGGAGCGACGGUUCGAGUGUCGCCAGUUGCAAUGUGGGAUAAUAUCCCCGUCUGCUGGCUUAAAACCUCGAACAACCAUCAACUUGCCAACCCAGCAUUCACCCUGAUUUACCUUCCUCCUACAAUAUCAUGGGGCAGGCGUAGGGGGCCGCUGGGCGGCGGAACCUGCCUUUUGCAGCAGGGAAUCAGCGAAAUUCCUUACACCUCAAAUUCGGGUGUAAGGAAGGAAGUAGAUAUGUUCUUUGGGCAAAUGGAGAUAUUAGUUCGAUCUGUUGCGGUUCUGUAUUGA